CUCGCUUGUUUAUGUGUUUCUAAAUUGGGUCAACCAGUGGCUAGAAAGGGGCAGUUCUAAGUCACAAUGGCAGGGUUCUAGCUUACUGUUCCGGCUGCAAUACUGUCUCGGCCGGGAUGAUCGCCAGUCAAACCGGCCCUACACUACAGAUAAGGCUGCAAUGCAAGUGUAGGAAAAUCCGAAAAUCUGAGGCUCCGUUUCUUCCGACAUACACAUAUUUACUUUUACACGUGGGCAUUGCAUACAUUUCGAUCUCUUUUUGUACCACAGAAUACGCUCUUUUCUCGUCGUUCAUUUCUUACUCAUCCACGUAUAGAUGUUUACAUAAUGCUUCGGCGACUUCCUUUCCUUCGAAGAUUGCCGAUGACUUCCCGGUCCUCGCGUCAACUACGCUACGUGUUGUUUGCAGCUGUCCUGUUCUUUUUAAUCGAGUAUUUACCACAACGGCGAGGUGUGACCCGGAAAUUGACUAAGCUUGAACAAGAAGUUGCAUCGAGAAAUGGUCCCUUCUUUCAUAUACAAUUUCCAUUCGAAAAGGAGCAGAGUGAUGCCAAGAAUAUACGGCUAGGGCGCCAAAAAAAAGUACGGGAGGCAUUUCUUCAUGCUUGGAAGGGAUAUAAAGAUCACGCAUGGCUUCACGAUGAGCUGCUCCCAAUAUCGGGUGGAAAAAAGGAUCCCUAUGUUGGGUGGGCAGCAACUCUAGUCGAUGGACUUGACGCCUUGCUAAUUCUGGGCUUGAAUGAUGAGUUUGAUCACGCCCUCGAGGCAUUGGAUUCCAUUGAUUUUACCAAGCCCAAUUCUGAGCGAGUGCCUGUAUUUGAGACGACAAUAAGAUAUCUCGGAGGGUUGUUGGGUGCUUACGACGUGAGCGGUGGAAAAUAUCCAAAACUUCUCGCGAAGGCAGAUGAGCUGGGAGAGUUUCUGUUUCGUGCUUUUGCUACACCCAAUGGAAUACCUGUUCCUUAUUAUGUAAGUCCAAUUUUUUGAAAUCUCACAAAUUCUCACAAAUUUUGGUCUCUGGGUUAUUACACGUUAUUUUGAUUUCUAUCCCAUGCCUCUGAGUAUGUAAACUGAUACCGUCUAGUGGUGGAACGAUACGGACAAGGCUCUAAAAGGAGAGGACGGUGUUCUAGUAGCACAGAUAGGUACGUGGGAAUAUUCUACCCCUGGUAUAUCGUGCUAAAAACAAUAGGUUCUCUCUCGCUUGAAUUUACACGGCUCGCCCAGCUCACAGGCAAACGAAAGUAUUUUGAUGGAGUUUCCAAAGUAAUGAGCUAUUUAGAUAAGGCGCAGAACAAAACUCAGAUCCCAGGACUUUGGCCUUCCCAAGUCGACACAAGAGAACCUAGUUUCGGUGGAAAUACUUUCACACUAGGGGCUUGGGCAGAUUCUUUGUACGAGUACUUGCCAAAGGUAUUUAAUCUUGCGUGGUACACUUUCUAAAGUGUUAAAAAUGCUGAUAUUUGGUAGCAACAUAUCCUUCUAGGUGGAGAAUCUGACCAAUAUCUACGGAUGUAUCGCGUGGCUAUGCGAAGCGCAGACAAAUACCACUUUUUCCGCGCACAAACUCCUGGUAACCAGGACCUUCUCUUCAUCGGCGAUGCUCAAAAAUUCGACGGAGAGCCAGCUGUGCUCCCAAGUGUUCAGCAUUUAGGCUGUUUCGUUGGUGGUAUGGUUGGAUUAGGGGCCAAGAUUAACAGAUCGCCAGAAGAAUUAGAAAAGGCCAUCAGGCUCACCAAUAGCUGUGUAUGGGCAUAUCAAAAUACUGCUACUGGCGUCAUGCCCGAAAUAUUCUCUGUUGAGAAGUGCCUAGUGCCUGCAGCUGGUUCAUGCGACUGGACUGACGAAAAGGCUACUGAACCUGGCCACUCUUAUGGAUUCAAGACCAUCAGUGAUCACAGCUACCAGCUUCGUCCAGAGGCAAUUGAAUCUGUUUUUGUCAUGUACCGGUUGACUGGUGAUCCGGCCUGGCAGGAAAAGGGUUGGGAUAUGUUCCAAGCGAUUAUGAAACAUACUACGACUCCUACAGCCAAUGCAGGGCUUCAAGAUGUCACGCAGAAGAAGCCACAACAGGUAGACCAGAUGGAGAGUUUCUGGCUGGCUGAAACGCUGAAGUACUUCUUUCUCCUUUACAGUGAACCUGAUGUCGUUAGUUUGGAUGACUUUGUCCUGUCAGUAUUUAUUUCUUCUUUUUCUAAUAGAAUGGUUUCAUAUUCAUAUUUAAUCAUUUGCUGACGAUACUUAGCAAUACCGAGGCACACCCCUUCCGUCAAAGAGAUGAUGUGUUUGGAAUAAUAUGAAGUUUGACGCGCUUUGCGGUCGUUUUGUAUGGAGUUUAUAUGGCGUCCGGCAUCGAUAGACACCGCGAAUCUUGUCCUCAGAUGGACUCGAGGUGAUCACAUUGGCGUAUUAGGCUUGUAUUUAUUCUAUUGCGUAUUGUAAUAGAUUGGUUUGCCGCUGUGUUUGAACUUUGCUAACAAUAUUCGAGACAUGUUAUAAAAGGUCC